UGUAAUCAAAUCACAUUGUUCGAAGUGCAUUUUAUUAGCAAUAAAAAUAAAUUUAAUGUAAAUUGUUCGAAUAAAAAUCUCAAAACAUCAAAAUAAAGUUAAACUUCAUUGACUCAAGCAGGUUUCAGUCAAAAACGGUGAUCAUCGGCAUUGUACUUUAAAAUUUCCUCAGAACACCGAGAAAAAAUUCUUUGAAGUUCCACGGAGACGUCUAGUCAUUUACUAAAAUAAUUUUAAAAAAAUAUUAAAAAAAGAGAAAAAAUGUUGUCAACUUUAGCGAGAAAAAAUUCUCUAUCGCUGCUCGCGAAUGAACAAAGAUUGCUUCAUACAGCGUUGAACGCAAUCAGGUGGGAUGUACAACGAAGCGACGAGACAAUAAUAAAAACAUCAACAAGUGUUCAUCAAAAAAUACGUACGGCGAAUGUUAUCGAAUCAAGUCAUGCGUUGAUAGUUGGAAUUCAUCCGUUGACUGUACAUUCUCGUUCACUUCACACUUCAGCCAGACAACCGCAAAAAAUGGGAGGCACACAAUAUGAAAAUGACCAACCCAACGUAAUUGCCGUUGAGGAAGCUCGUAGAUUCAUGAUUGAUUGUUUCCUCAAAGCGAAUGUUCCUGAAAAGCAUGCUAAAGCUCAAGCUGACCUUUUGAUUGCCGCUGAUGUUCGUGGUCACUUCAGUCAUGGCAUGAAUCGCUUGGAAAUGUACAUCAACGAUUUGUUGAUAAAUUCAACUGCGGGAGCUGCUGUUCCUAAAAUUUUGAAAGAAACGCCCGCCACUGCUUGGGUUGAUGGCAUGAAUGGUUUGGGAGCCGUUGUUGGUGAAUUUUGCAUGGAUUUGGCUAUUCAAAAGGCGAAGACGUGCGGUGUUGGUUGGGUUUGUGCCAAACGCUCCAACCACUACGGCAUUGCUGGCUACUACACAAUGCGCGCCGAGAAACAAGGCAUGAUCGGUCUCUCGAUGACCAACACCUCCCCCUUGAUGAGUCCCACUCGCAGCAAAGGCGCCGCUCUCGGCACAAAUCCCUUAUCGCUCGCUGCUCCCGCCAACAACGGAGACAGUUUCGUCUUGGACAUGGCAACAACCGCCGUCGCUGUUGGCAAAAUCGAGAUUCAACGUCGCAAAGAGCUUCCCUGUCCCGAAGGUUGGGCUCAAGAUCCUCACGGACAUCCCACAACUGAUGCCGAAGUUGCUUUCAAAACUGGUUGCUUGAUGCCUCUCGGUGGCUCUGAGAUCACUUCGGGCUACAAAGGCUACGGAUUGGGUGCUUUGGUUGAAGUUUUGUGCGGAAUCAGCGCUGGAAGCAAUUUCGGACCUCACAUUCGCAAAUGGACUCAUGCUGGCGCCGAUUCCGAAGCCAAUUUGGGACAAGUUUUCAUCGCCGUCGAUCCAAAUUGUUUCGCGCCCGGCUUCACGGAUCGCAUGACGACACUUAACAACGACUUGCGCGGCAUGGAACCGACAGAUCCGGCAAAACCUGUGCUCGUUGCUGGCGAUCCGGAACGCAUGCACGAGAAAAAAGUCCACGAAGAAGGCGGAAUUCGGUAUCAUCCGAACCAAAUUAAGACAAAUCACGCCUUGGCUGAAAAAUUGAAAAUUACUCCAAUUCGAUUCGUGAAUGAAGUUUAAAGCAUUUUUCGUUGCAUUUAAAGAAAAAAGUGUCUUGAUUGACGUAGACUGGACAAUAAAUGUGCUGUUUUAAUCU